CGUCCGCUCUGCCGGGAGAGAUCUGCUGCUUGUCCAUCAUCCAAACUACAUCACAAACAAGAUCCAUCCACAGCUUCCAUUAUCUUUUUGAAGUCUUCCACCCCCUCCCUAGCAGUCUACCAUCUAGACUCGCUCUCCACUAGUCAGCCGCUAGCUAGCAGACCCGCCCGGCUCUUCGUGCAUCGUGCCGAUCCGGAAUCAGCCCCUGCCACUGACAGCUGGAGCCCGCACCACCCACCCAAUCCUUCGCCAAGCACAACAACCACCACCACCCGGCACAAUGGUCCACUCGCGCGGAGCCGGCAUCCUCACGCCGCUGCUGCUCGUCAGCAACCUCAUCAUAAUCGUCUCGUCGCUCAUCGUGCUCGGCAUCACGGCCUGGUUCAUCGACCUGCUCAAGAGCAGCGGCGGCCGCCACCUGACGUACCUCAUUGUCGUGGCGACACUGACGCUGCUCGUCUACCCGGUCGCCCUGCUGCUGUCGCGCUCCGACGCGCGCCGCGGAUUCCUGCACCCGCUCAACCUCGUCUUCUCGUACCUGUGGCUCGCCGCCUUCGUCGUCGCCACGGACGGCUACGCCGACACCAUGUGCCUGGGCGCCGUCUCGGGCCCCUUUGGCCGCUGCGCCUACAAGCACACCGUCAUGGCCUUCAGCUUCCUCGCCUUCUUCUUCUCCGCCAUCAACGUCCUGGCCGACGGCCACGCCACCACCCGCGCCGUCGGCGACCCCGUCGUCGGCUCCAAGCACCGCCACUCGGCCGACAACCGCGGCGCCGUAGUCUAAGCUGGCACGAGGCACAAGGCUCGCGAGCGGUCCGGGGUGGCUUGGCAGCCAAACAUGUCUUGACAACUGAGCCGCGCCUGCUUGACACCAAGGCAAAAUCUCCCUUCAGUUCCAAGUUUGUCCAUCCGGCGCGUCUGUUUUUGAUGGGUGGGGUCCUUGACUGAUUGGGGAGGUUAAUACUUCAUUGGCUGGGAAUGUGAUUUUUUCUUUUGUGGUUGGCAUCUUGGUCAAACCCCCCACCCCCACAAGUGAUUCCCCUCGCGACUAAUUAUUCCCUGUAUGGAAAUUUGUCUAUCAGGAGAUUAUACCACGAUCAUGAGUUACGAUCCCUCGUUGCUAGUCAUUAUCUAAUUUAUCAUUCGAAGUUUAUCUCCUGUCCUCGUUCGUCCUGUCCGUUUGAGACCUGACGGGCACAAUCAUGGGCCCCGAACACCAGCUAUCCUGUCAAUUUGCGGCUCGAUCGGGAGGGCCGUUGACCUUGUGGCUGCAAACCUUACUCCUUUUCACCAUGACCUUGGCAGCCCACCAAUGAGGUCGUUUAUAGUUGCCCACCUGGGUAGUUGAUAUCAACGAAAGCUAGAGAUAUUUUCCCCA